AUGUUACGGCACGACUACAACCGCAUCGACCCCAAACGGCGCAAUGUCGUCGACCACCGCAAGAAGCAGUUUGCCUCCCCGCUCUACAAGGAGGCCGAAUACCCCCACCGCCUCAACUUCUACGCCGACGCGCCCACCGCAGACAUCACCCUUGAGCAGUUUGAGCAGUGGGCCAUUGACCGGCUUCGGAUCCUCGCCGAGCUGGAAGCCUGCGCGUUCCGCAACAAGUCCCCGCAAGAGGUCGCAAACCACAUGAAGCCCCUCCUCGACAAGUAUCUCCCCCUGGAGUCCAAUACCUCCCAUUCACCGAAGCUCUUUGCCCAGCGACAAAAAGACCACUACAGCCACUUCAUCCUGCGCCUGGCCUUUGCCCGGACCGAGGACCUCCGCCGCCGCUUCACCCGCGUCGAGACCAUGCUCUUCCGCCUGCGGCUCAACAGCGACGACCACAACGAACGAUCCGCCUUUAUCAGCAGCCUCGACCUCGACUGGUGGGAAGCCGUGACGGAUGAAGAGAAGCGCGAAUAUGCCCCCGAGCUGGCCGCCAUGUCGCGCGGCUGGGGAAAGACAGCUUCGACCGAGGACGACACAUGGUUCAAGGUCGACUGGGACCGCGUCCCCGAACUGGUCGAGCAGCGCAGGGUGUUUUUGAAGGCGGGCAAGGCCUUUGUCCCGGGGAGAGAACAGACCAGCAUGGUCAUUGGCGAAUUCGUCUCGCGGCUCGAGAGGCAACUAGAGCUCACGGCGCGUGCCCUUCCCCGGCUCGACGAGGACGACCGUCUCACCCCGAUCCUCGACCACCUCUCCAAGAACUUCAUCACCCCCGACAGCUCCUACAGCUCCAACACGGCCGCGCCGCCGGGCGCCGAGAUCACGGCCCGUAACAUCGACAACCUCGCCCAGCACUUCCCCGCCUGCAUGUCGCACCUCCACCGCUCACUGCGUCGCGACGCCCACCUGAAGCACUUUGGCCGCCUGCAGUACACCCUCUUCCUCAAGGGCAUCGGCUUGAACCUCGAGGAGUGCCUCGUCUUCUGGAGGCAAGCGUUCCGCAACAUCACCGACGACACCUUCAACAAGGAAUAUCGCUACAACGUGCGCCACACCUACGGCGACGUCGGAGGCGACUCGAACCGGCGCGGCGGCGGCUACAGCCCCUUCAGCUGUCAGAAGAUCCUGACGGAGCACCCGCCCGGCCCCGGCGAGGCCCACGGCUGCCCUUACCGCCACUUCAACCUCGAGAACCUGACGACCCUGGUCCAGAGCAUGGGGGUCAGCGACCGAGCCACGCUGCACGGGGUCAAGGAGGACAAGGAUAACCAAAAGUUCCACAUGGCCUGCAAUCGCGUGUUUGAGCACCUCCACAAGCAGGAACUUAAAAGGGCAAAGGACGAGGGCGUUUUCACGUCAGCGCAGCUCGAGACCAUUGUCCACCCCAACGAAUACUUCAAGCGCAGUUACCUCCUCAAGAAUCUUGGUAAGGGGACGGACGUCAAAAUGGAGGAGUGA